GCAGAUGGUGCACUGGCCACCGUAGUUGAAAGACGGAAGUAACUGCUUUGAAGUAUACGAAUAUUGUUUUCUCCACGGGUUUAAUCAUACAUUCGUUUAUUUAUCUUCAGCCAAGAUAAAAAAAAAUGGCAGCGGUGUUUCUAAUUACGUUGUAUGAAUAUUCUCCAUUAUUUUACAUUACUGUCAUAUCGUUAUGUUUCGUUGUUACCGCCGCCAUGGUCCUCGGCUGGUUUGGUUUCGAUGUCCCAGUGAUUCUCCGCAGCUCUGAUGAGACUGAGUCAGUCGUGCUUGCCCCAGAGAAGAGGAUGGUUCAGGUGACCAACCCCUUUGCCCUAGAGAUGGGGUCCUCUGGGGUGGCCUCUGUGACUGAGGGUGUGUCCCUGCUUCCAUGCUGCCUGGAGCCUUGUGUGCUGAGUUGUUACUGGGGUUGUGGUGUCCAUGCCCUACAGGGGGCGCUACAGACCCACCAACACGGCCCCAGUAAGCUCGCCACGCCACAUCUGUUCCAGGAAGCUCUGCACUUCCAGUACCACCACUGCCAAAGCUUCCAUAUCAAUGGAGAGGACAGAGAGGAGCAUUAUACCAAGAUGCCAGCCGAUAUGGGGAUCACUGAUUUCGGGCUUUUGCCACGGGAACGCUACCCCGUAGUGGCUGUCCUCACACUGGCCGAAUCUGAAGCAAGGGACACGUACAACAUUGUCGCCAGCGUCACAGUGGUUCACGUUCCAGAUGACAAAUACAGCCUGUCGGCACGGAUCCUGUUUCAAUAUCUUCUCACGGCACAAGGGAACAUGUAUGAGUUGAAGCCACUAUUUAUGUCAGCCGAGAGCAAGGGGUUGUCGGAGGCGACUGACUCCGACCGUAGCACAGAGGCACCACCAGAAACACAGAAAAGAGAACCCGGAAAGGAUGAAAAGGAGAAGAUGCCAGGAAUGGAAGAUGAAGAGGAGGAUUGGUCAGAGGGAAAAGGCAAAGACUGUGUGGUGUGUCAGAAUGCACCUGUUAACCGUGUUCUGCUGCCCUGCAGGCACGCCUGUGUGUGUGACGGCUGUGUCCAUCGCUUCCAACACUGCCCCAUAUGCAGAGCUUUCGUAUUAGAGUCCUUUGCCCUGUUCCAGCAGCCCCAUAUGGAGGAGGUAGAGGAAGAAUGAACUGUAAUGUAGCAGGUCAAUAUUACCAGUAUUUAUAAUGUCAACGUAGUAAUGUUACUCAUUGGAGUAGCUCUACAGGCUACUGAUAGGAAGGAAUGGUGUCCAAAAAGUGCAUGCUGAUUGUCACGAUGGAUGCUGUUCCAACACAGAUACAUUAGUACAAUUUCAACAGAAUCAAAGUGUUUAUAGAAUGGAUGAUAUGGUUUCACAUUGAGGUGUGUUUUAUUGGACAUUUCCAACUGAUUUAUGGCUAUGUGAGCAUAUGAUCUAGAAUAAAAAGAAACGCACACCUA